AUGACUAGGGGCUAUGCCAAUGAGGUGGGGGAGGCCUUCGGUGCCCUGGUGCCAGUGAGCGCUGUAUGGGCACAUGCGGUUGCCACCGUGUAUGUUUCCGCGGAUGCUUUGGACAAGGGGAAGAAGGCUGCUGUGGAGCAUGGUGACAACCCAGGGAAGAGAACCAAGGUAGCUGCAGCGGUGGUGGACACGUUUGUAUGGCAUGCCCUGGCUUCGGUCGCUAUCCCAGGCUUCACCAUCAACCGUGUGUGUGCUGCCUCUCUCUACCUCCUAGGAAGAACCACGCACCUGCCCCUCUCCGUACGCAAGUGGACCACCAUGGCCAUCGGCCUCUCCACCAUUCCCUUCAUCAUCCACCCUAUCGACAGGGGAGUGGACUUCCUACGGUCAUAGGAAAGAAGCACGACUAAUAAGGACCAUAUCCAUCCUGUAGCCUGGCCUGGACAGGUUAGCUCUACCAGGAAGUUCACCUGUUGACCCAGACAGGACUUCCUCCCAGGCCAGCUGAAGCCUCUGCUGAUCACUCUACUAACAUCACUGUGAAGCUAACACAGCAGGGUUACUCAACUCCAGUCUUCCAGAGUCCACAGUUGUCUAUGCCCCUCUCUUUCAACCCUAUUGUCAUCUUUUUAUUUUCAACUCCUAAGUUAGAGGGACUUAGGACUCCUCGGCCCGUCAAUUACAUUGUAUCAGGGAGAAGAGAGAUCCAGUAGACAGUGUUUCCCUCCAGGACUGGAGUUGAAUACCCCUAGCUGCUACUGGCAUGCAGUUCCCACCUGUUCAUGUUCAGACCUCCGCUUGGCAUGUAUCCAGGUAGCUCUUGCUGUUAGCCAUAUUCAGGGAACAUUUGGGUCAGUGUCAGCAUACCUGGCAUUGAGAGCCUAUUUUCAUUACAAGAAAACAUUUAUCUUAGUUUUUUUGUUUAUUACAGAAAGAAUGGCAAUGCACAGUUGUCUGUCACUUUGAAUAAAGCUUGACAGAGUAUAGUGUGAUGCACUUUUCAAUGUUCAGUCUUAAGAUUAACCUCAGAGCUUUUUUGCCCGUUGUCAUUCAAUACUGAGUUGAACAGAAUAUAUGUUACGUUUUUGUUAGCACUUAAGAUUCAGUUCCUUUUGUGACAUUUUAGGUAUAGAAAGUAUUGUAAUAAUUGUGUAACAUGGCCUAUGCAGAAAGCGUAUGAAAAGAUUAUGCAUAAAAUACAUGUAAUUAUUGCCAAGGCUACCCAUCAGUAUGCAUUGUUGUGCUGCACUAUGCAACAAAACCAAGUCAUCUUAUACAAAAAUGGGAAUUGCGAUUGGAAUGUGUAAAUGAAUGUGACAUACUGGGAAAUGUUGCCAAUUGUUCAUACACCAGAACUAACAUUCAGUAAAUUUUUUAAUAAGUCAAUUUCUGUGUUUGUUAUAUAUUGUUUAAUUCUUAGUGAAUGUGAAAAAGCCAAAGGCACCAAAACGCAACAGCUUUGCGAUAGUUUGUGAAUGUUUUCUCUUUCAUAUGAUUUGUCCACCUAGUCACAAAAUCAAAUGUCAUACUGUAUUUCAAUGUCAUUUUUGAAUGUAUUUGUUUUCAUGCUGGAAACAUAAGGGAAUGUUUAACUGUUGUUUCCACAACAUCCUCAAAUAUUUAACAUUUGUAAAAGACACUUAUUUAAUAACAAGUGCCACUAUCUAGUUAUUCCCCUAUUUUGAAACGGUUU